GAACGUCAACCCAAAUCAGCUUGUCAGUAGGGUGAUAAGUUGUGGUAGUGGAGGGUGAGGCAUCUCCACGUUCACCAGACAUCACUGGAGGCUGAGGAAUCUCCACGUUCACCAGGCAUCACUGGAGGCUGAGGCAUCUCCACGUUCACCAGGCAUCAGUGGAAGCUGAGCAUCUCCACGUUCACCAGGCAUCACUGGAGGCUGAGACAUCUCCACGUUCACCAGGCAUCAGUGGAAGCUGAGCAUCUCCACGUUCACCAGGCAUCAGUGGAAGCUGAGGCGGCUCCACGUUCACCAGGCAUCAGUGGAGGCUGAGGCAUCUCCACGUUCACCAGGCAUCAGUGGAAGCUGAGGCGGCUCCACGUUCACCAGGCAUCAGUGGAGGCUGAGGCAUCUCCACGUUCACCAGGCAUCACUGGAGGCUGAGACAUCUCCACGUUCACCAGGCAUCAGUGGAGGCUGAGGCAUCUCCACGUUCACCAGGCAUCACUGGAGGCUGAGGCAGCUCCACGUUCACCAGGCAUCGCUGAGGCAGCUCUACGUUCACCAGGCAUCACUGGAGGCUGAGGCAGCUCCACGUUCACCAGGCAUCGCUGAGGCAGCUCUACGUUCACCAGGCAUCACUGGAGGCUGAGGCAGCUCCACGUUCACCAGGCAUCGCUGAGGCAGCUCUACGUUCACCAGGCAUCACUGGAGGCUGAGGCAGCUGUACAAUCUCCAGGCAUCGGUGGAGGCUGAAGCUCCUCCGCAUUCACCAGGCAUCACUGGAGGCUGAGACAUCUCCACGUUCACCAAGCAUCAGUGGAGGCUGCGAGAGCACUAUGGACAGCUCAACACCCAUAUACAAGUAUACCAACAGGCAUUGGAGGAAACUUCCCGCUACGGGAGAUAAUAUGUCAAUCAAUGACCCCAAGCUGAAGCAAGGAUACAUAGGAGAUCUGAAUAAAAAGACGGCCAUCGAGUUGGAAGAAAUAUUGAAGAGACAAGACCAAACCUUGAAUAAUAAAGUUGUCAUAUCCAAAUUGAAAGAUAAAGGGCAAAGUUUGCAGAAACGUCGCCAAGAAAUUGCUAAUGCACUUGAAGCUGCUCGUGAAAGAGAGAAGAAUUUAGAAGAGGCAGAGAGACUUAACGACAUAAAUUUAUUAGAAUGGAAUAGAGGUAUGACUAACACUAAAACUGAACCUCGUAAGAAGAAAGACAUUCUCGAUAGUGAUGAUGAUGUAGAGGAGAUGGAUGACAAACUAGACCCACUGAAAUUAAUGGCAUAUCAUUCUUCUUGCAUAAAAAAGCCUAUUCAAAAUGUUAAGCGAACUGAAGAGGAAGAUCCUGCAGAUGCUAUUGCCAGAGAAUUGAGACAGCUUGAAAUUCAAGAUCAUGCUGAAGUUCUUUCAAAAGCUUUGACAAACAUCAGUAUUCAAGAACAAAAGCCAGCAGUUGAUUUUGGCUCUAAACGAGAUCAUAUGUUGGCUGUGAAACACAAAAAAAAUGGUCCAGUGAAGGACUCUUUCAAACCAUUCAGACGCUGCAAGAAUCCUCUGCCAGUACCAGGAAUAGAACACCAUGCGUCUGGUCGUCAAAGCAGUUCUUCAAUAUGCAUUCCACAGAAAGAAGCAUUGAAACUUGAGCAUGAUUACAUUGCAAAAGAAAAUGAAAGAUUGCUGCAAGACACGAGAGAACAGCUGAAGACAUUUAAAACUGAGAACAUCGGCCUACCUCCUUCAGUGUCUCUGGGAAAAUAUCGUGACACCAACCUCUCUAAACAUAUCCUCGACUUUGAGGAUGAUGAGGAAGAUGAACUGUAUUAUACAGCUGACUUGGAAACUUAUUAUGAAAAUUUGUCGAAGUGAUGCUUUGUAAUGAUUAGAUAUUGGAUGAUUGGUUUUUUUUUUUUUUUUGCCAUCUCCCACCUCCCCCCCCCCCCCCAAUAUGCAGGUUUUAUUUAUGGCCACCAGUUUAUUUUGUUGUUUUCAUUGUUAUAUGUUUUAUUUGAGGAGUAUCACUAGUUAAAAAUGUUCUUGCUGUAUAUAACGGUUCUCAUGAACUUUUAAUUUUUUAUGCACUUUAUCAUUACUAUGUUUAGUUGGCCCUUUGCUUUAAGAAUUUUUAAUUUGUAUAUUGUUCUACAGAAAUAAAGUAAGCGGUGUGUGAUGCUUGAA